GCACAAGUCAUUGGUUUUACCUUAUUGAUGCGCCAUGAUUAUAUCAUACGUCACGAGACAGCUCAAAUCUUCAUCUAUAAGGAACGAAUUAAGACAGUAUUUGAUAAUCUUGCGGCUCAGCUCAAGAAAAAUAAUUG